CGACGCGCGCGCCAGUCGCCGCCAUGCCGGCCUGCGCCCCGGAGUACGGUCGCCUCGCGCGCGCCCAUACCGACAUUGUGUUCUCACCCCGUGUCAAGAGAUGUUCACACCAGUCCCCGCCCUUCACCACUCUCAGGAGAUCUUUCUCCUCGACCUUCUCUCUUAUACCAGAAGAACAAGCCGUGCCGCCCGAGAGACCGCCCUCGCUGCCCAGACUCCUGCGCAUCGUCACCUGGUUCCCUCGCUUGUGUCUGCGGCCGCUGUUUGCCCUGCUCGGUUUCAUCGCCCACCCCGCCUGGAAGCAAAUCCUCGUAGUUCUGCCUACCUUGUGGAUCGCCGCCUCGCUGUUCAUCUUCUGGAAGUGUGUUGAAUGCCCCAUCGGAGUUCUCAAAAUGAUCGGACGAGCUAUGUCCAAGGAUUCGAAGAAACCUCGUACUGUGUUGAUCAGCGGAGGUAGCUCUAUACAAGCGUUGCAUUUGGCGAGAAACUUCCACUCUGCCGGAGCGAGGAUCGUGGCCUUCGAAAUAGAAGGACAGUUCGCCCUAUUGAAGUAUUCCGCAGCCGUUGACAAGUUUUACACAGUGCCUCGGCCGAAUCCUGCGGAUCCUCUGGCCUACGCACGCGCCCUGAAAGAAAUUGUCGACAGAGAAUCCGUGGUGUUUUAUAUUCCCGUGAGCUCGACGACGCCAGCGUACUACGACGCUCUAGCAAAGCCGCACCUAGAAAUUAUAGGAUGUCAGUGCUUCGUGCCCAGCGCUCGCGACGUUGUCGUUUUGGAUGAUCCGCUCGAGUUGAUACGAGUAAGCCGUGCUGCUGGUCUUGCCACGCCGCAGUUCUGGGUGGUAACCAGCGAGGACGACGUGAGGAUGUGGUACGAAAGCGGGGCGUCGAAGGAAGGGCGUCACUUUAUUGCAAGCGCCGGCGCCCGCGGUGCUCGAGACCGCCUCCGGUUUGUUAUGCCAGAAGAGAAAAGUCUCUUCAGAUUUCCCCGGGAAAUCAGUGCAGAGAAGCCUUGGGUUAUAGUAAGGGAACCGAAGGGAGAGAAAGUAAUAACUUGCACCACUCUUAAGGAGUCGCGUGCUGUCAAUAAUGUGACUUGUCGCGUUGACUCCUCUAAGAAAGGUUUGGUGCCACAAAAAGACGAUGAAGCCGACGCCUGGGUACAGAAAUUUGUGUCAUGCCUCUCGCCGUCGCGCCCCAUGACGGGACACGUGUCUUUCAGACUGGUUCGCGAUGAGAACGUGUGCAACGGUCAAGGAAACAGAUUGGUAGCGAUCGGAGCGCGAGUCGGAGUAUCGCUACCGUACUUGUGCCAGGUACAGCCUCGCUGCGGACACACGGCGACCGUGGGGAAGCUCUUGAACACGGUUCUGGACACUCGUGAAGCACUAUUCACGUACUGGGACCCACUCCCAUACUGCGCGUACUACCAGUCGCGCCGGCCCGAGGAGCGCCAUGCGCCGCCGCCGGAGCCAUGCAAGACGCCGCCCAACGUGCCACUCUGAGAUAAUUACUUUAUUAUUAUAAUAAAGAAAUUGUUUUGAUAAUGUAAGACACUAGUACCUGAUGAGCGCACGAGUGGAAACUCUCGGGUCGCAGCCGUGUCGGUCGCCUCGCUCUCUCCGUGUCGUGCUCUCGCUCUGUCGUCGCGAAUGUCAAGGGGUCGAGGGACGAUAUGAAGCUUGUAACUACUAAGUAGAUAUUCAUGUACAAUCGCGAAUAAUGAUUAUAUACUUUCUUAUUAUUGUUAGAUAAGUUGUCGAUUAAUGUGUACUCUUAUUUAUAAACGAACUAAAGAUAUUGACUAGUGAUAUAAAUUAUUUAUUAAACAAAA